AGCGCCGAGCCUUUCCCCAAAUGGUUCCGGAAUUAGUUGCAUUAACAGGGGACAUUACUGUAUCCCCCUUUCCCGCAUUUGCUAGUGCAUUCUACCUAACAUCCCGUCAGUCCUCCUCCGAAAUCUGCAAACUUUCACGCGGGUAUCUCACAUUAUCAACACAUCCUAAUCGGAGAGCAAAAUCCAGACCACGACAGCUCCGGCCCGCAGGUGCCCUACCAUAAGAUAUUCUUUCAGGGAUGCGACCAAAAAAACGUGCCCGGACAAUGGCCGUGGCCACCACCUCCGAAUCGGCGGUGACAGAUGGAGCAUCAUCGACGCCCACGGAAGUGGGAGACGCUAAUGAGCAGCCUAUGCGGCCAACCAAGAUUGUCGAAACGACCCUGACGGCGACCUCACGUUGAAUGUAGGACCUCAUGAUAAUGAGCGUUGCGGCUUUCGCGUUUGUCCCGGCACGCUUCGUCGGCAUUCACCGGUGUGGAAGGCCAUGUUGUUUGGUUCCUCCUGGAUAGAGUCGAAGCCGACCGACGGAGAGGACUGGGUUGUUGAGCUUCCCGAAGACUCCGCUUUCCCCAUGGAAAUUAUCCUCGACAACAUACACGGAAGGUUCGAACGCGUCCCGAAGACCCUUGGCCUCGAGGAUCUCCGUGAUCUUUUAGUCCUCACCAACAAGUACGACAUGACUGGUAUUGUGAGGCCCUGGGGUGCGCAGUGGAUAGAGGCCGCUAGAAAACCCGACCUUGACAGCGACGAUAUCCUCCGGUCUUUGUUUGUCGCUUGGGAGUUAGGCGACGAGCACCUCUUCACCCAUAGACUCCAAGAAAUAGCCUUACGUGCCAAGGUCAACGAGGAGGGCCGCUUGAGUUAUACCGCAUUAGUACCAGAAGUUCAGGCAGAAGUUCAGGAUGACUCGGCUGAUGAGGAUGACUCGGCUGAUGAGGAUGAUCCAUGGAUACUAAGCGAAAAGGAUGCCAUCCUUGAAGAAGAGGAUCAUCUAGGUCCGCAAGAUGCACUAGAUGUCAUAUCUUCAAUCCGGGAGACCUUACUUGCCAAACUCGUCACCUCCAUUCACGAAGAGCUCGAUUCCCGAAUGAAACCAGAACCGUGCUGUUCUUUUAAAUGGGGCGACAAGAGCAGGAACUACGCCUGCGAUACCGCAGUCGUCGGUCAUAUUCACCAAAGUAUGCUACGGGUUAGAGGUAGCAUUCUCCCCAGGUCUGCCUCUGACAUCGAUGAUAGUGUUCUAGAGCUGGUCUGUUCGCUGUUUGACACAGAGUUGUUCGGCGCUGUACCCAAUAUACACCUUCAGCCGUUCAGGUACAGCAGCACUCGCGAAUUUUGCGAUCCGGUAGGGAAAUUCUUUGAGCUCAGAAAUAGCAUUUACAAGAAUAGCCCAACAUUGGUGGCUGCCUCCAUAAAGCCAUCCUAUAAGGAGUACAUGGCUAAACAAAGAGGGAGGACAGGGCUAGUGAUGGCAGAAAAGCAGGAUAGAAGAGGGUCUGAGAGAUAUCUCAGGAUAUACAAUAUUUGUAAAUGGCGACGCUACCAACACCUCUCCGGCGUCUACUAAUCCAGCUAACUGCUGGAGAAGAGCGCUAGCUAUGUAGUUGGCGGUACAAAGACGAAGGUUUGCAAAGGAGGGAGGACAGGCGGUCUGUGCUGCAAACGCCUAGAAUCUUCUCUCAGGGUUACGCCGCUACUGGGAGCAUUGAGAUUCUUGCAUAGGUAUGAAGCAUCAGGUGCGUAUUUUUUAGAGAAGCGCCUGAGAUCUUCCCAGAGUUCAGG